CUCAUCACGGAGAACUGUGCUCAGAAAGAGUGAGAGAGAGCGAGAGAGAGAGAGGGAGAGAGGGAGGGUGUGCAUGUGUGUGUGUGAGAGAGAGAGAGAAAGCCAAAGCCAGAGCCAGGGAGACGAGAAAGAUAAAGGAAAGACAGACGGAACGAUAGACUUGUGCCUAAAAAGUACUGGUGCCCCCCUUCUUCUUCUUUUUCUUUCUCAAUUUCCAUCAGACAAAAACCUAAACCGGCUGCUUGGAUGAACCAGAACCUAUCGAUCUGUCAGUACUACACCUGGAUUCACUGACCAGCCGCACAGCAGGCAUGUCCCGAAGGAAGCAGAGCAACCCCAGGCAGAUCAAACGUCCUCUGGAGGAUGGCCUGGAGGAAGAGGAGGAGGAGUGCGUCUCCGAGGAGAACGAGCUCUUGGCCAAAGACGAGUUCUCGGUGGAGGAGAACUUCUCCACCGAGUUUGAGACUGAGAACAUGAGCUGUGAAGACAUGGAGUACUUCUGCAACAAAGGAGGGGAAGAUGGCAACCGAGAAGCAGGAGAGUCGGAGAUGGACGGGCAGGGGGAGAAGACCAGGCAUACUGCCGUGGGGCCAGAUGAAUGGGACGGUCCAAGAGAGCUGGAUGCGUUCCUUAAAGAUGGCGAGCGUCGGAUCCACAGCCGGCAGCAGCUCCCUGUGGGGACAACGUGGGGACCCUUCGAGGGGAAGAUCGAGAUGAGCACUGACAGCACUGCAUUGAAGACGAAGAGCACGGUCCCGGUGGUGCUGAGCGCCGGCCCCAGGUGGCUGCUGGAUGUGACUUGGCAGGGAGCGGAAGACAACAAAAACAACUGUGUGGUGUACAGCAAAGGUGGCCAGCUGUGGUGCACCACCACCAAGAACAUGAUGGAGGGCGAGGAGCUGGUGGCGUUUGCGGUGGACUUUGACUCACGUCUGCAGGCAAUGAACCACAUGUCUCUGAGUGAGGGCAUGUACCCAGCCAGGCUGCUGGACAGCAUCCAGCUGCUGCCGCAGCAGGCCGCAAUGGCUUCCAUCCUGCCCACUGCCAUCGUCAACAAGGACAUCUUCCCCUGCAAGGCAUGUGGAAUCUGGUUUCGGAGCGAAAGGAACCUGCAGGCCCAUCUGAUGUACUAUUGCAGUGGGCGACAGAGGGAGCCAGAGACGGUUUUGGAGGAAAACGACACUGGUCCCCAUCAGACCCCCAGUAUCUGCCCCUUCCCACAGUGCAACAAGAGCUUCUCCGGAGCCAGGGCCCUGGAAAUGCACCUGAGCACCUCACACAGUGGUGUCAAAAUGGAAGAGAGCCUCCCUCCUGGCACCAGCUUGAAAUGCACAAUCUGUAACUACACGGCAGAUUCUCUUAUUACAUUCCAGCAUCACAUCAUGUCUCACCUGUCACAGGCGGCCUUCAGAUGCAAUCACUGCCAUAUCAGCUUCCAGAGCCACAGGGAACUCUUACAGCAUCAGGACUUACAUGGGCACGGCAGCAAACUUCACAGGGAAGGCGACGGCACCGAGCAUUCCCCCAGGGGGCCUGAGGAAAGCCUCCAGCAGCAGCAGCAGGCCCGCACUGAGCUGGCCAACAGGAAGGAUGCUCUACUGGGAAGUCCCAAAGGGGCCCUCAACAAGGAGACCAGCACAGACGGAGAGGCUGACAAGGCUGAGAAGAAGCCCAUGCUGUCUGUUCAGAAGGGAGAGGCCCACCCAGGAAGCAAAGCCAGUUUUUCUUACACUAGGAUCAAGUCUGAGCCCUCAAGCCCCCGGCUGGCCUCCUCCCCUGUGCAGCAUAACAUGCCUACAUUUCCCAUGGGCCCCUUCUUGUCUCAGUUUGCUUUCUCCCAAGACAUUUCUGUAGUCCCGCAGGCUUCUGAGAUUCUGGCUAAAAUGUCAGAGCUAGUUCACCGGAGGCUGCGCCAUGGAGGGAACAGCUAUCCCCCUGUCAUCUACAGUCCUCUUAUGCCCAAAGGGGCCACCUGUUUCGAAUGCAAUAUCACCUUCAGCAACCUGGACAACUAUUUGGUCCACAAAAAGCACUACUGUAACAGCCGCUGGCAACACAUGGCAAAGUCCCCUGACUUCUCUGCCCUCUCAGAUAAGGUCCCUGAGGCGGUGAGCCCCAACAGUGGUCACAGUUCUGUUAGCAUGUUGGCCGGCUGCCACCCUACAGAGGCUGACAACCACCUCAUGCAGUCUGCCUGUCUGAACUCCAGUGUGUUGGACAUGAUCAAUGCUGGGGCUAAAGGACCUGAUAAGGAUCUAGCAGGACAGGUGAAGAAGGUCUCUACCCCAACUGGGGCAGAGGAGAGGCAGAAUGGCAAGCAGAUGGAGGGGAAAAGCCCCAGUACGGGUUUGGUGGAAAGUGACAAUGACCCAAACAAGACAACCUGUGAUGCCUGCAAUAUCACCUUCAGCCGUCACGAGACCUACAUGGUCCACAAGCAGUACUACUGUGCCACCCGUCACGACCCACCCAUGAAACGCAUGUCCACCAACAAGGUACCCUCCAUGCAGAGAACCAUGAGGACCCGCAAGCGCAGGAAGAUGUAUGAGAUGUGUCUCCCUGACCAGGACCACCAGAGGCCCCCUAUGGGUCAGCCUGGUUUCCUCGGGGUUCCGCCAAUGAACCCUUGUACAUCCCAGGAAGCUGUAGAGAGCCUAGCAGACCGCUUCCACCCCCGCUGUGACAUCUUCCCAGGUAUGGUACCCAAACACCUGGAGGCCUCUCUGACUGUCACUAAACCUAUUCUGGCUCCCAAAUGCAAUACAGUGGAGCAGCAGGAGCUAGAUGCUCCCAUUGAUCUCAGCAAAAAGUGUUCGCCAGUCCCUGACAAGACAUGUAGCUCCCCCAAAAGACUGUUGGACUAUCACGAAUGUGCAGUGUGCAAGAUAAGUUUUAACAAAGUGGAGAACUACCUGGCGCACAAACAGAACUUUUGCCCUGCAACAGCCGCCGCCGCUGCUGCUGCUGCCGCUCAGCAACAGCCACAACCGCAGCAACAACACAGUGAGACUGGUAGCCUGGAGACGACCAUGUUCCCAGAUAUGAAGAGUGACGGCAACCCUGAUGACGUGUAUGAUAAGAGCCCAGGCAAAUGUGAGAAGAAUGGCAAUGGGAAAGUAAUGGUGCAGAAUGGAGGCAUGUUCCCCCCUCACCUGGGGCCUGUGUCGGGACUCAAGCCUUUUGCUGAGCCCCAACUCAUCCCAUCAAAAGAUGAGAACAAGAAUAUGUUUCUACCCCACUGCCUUUAUCCCGGAGCAAUAAAGAAGGUUAAAGGUCCUGAGCAAAUAUCGCCGUAUUUUGGGAUAAAACCAACCGAUUAUGUGACCGGGGGAGCAGUGAUGCAGGGAGAGGCCAGCGAACAGGAGCAGAGCGUUAAUGGGGGAGGAGGAGGCGCAGGAGGAGGGGGAGAGACAGGAACAACCAGAGAGCAGGCCCAGCAGCCUGCUGCUAAUGGCUGCCCCCAUCCUGGCAAGGAGCCCCUUCCCCUACUGCCCAAAAACCGGGGCAUGGUCAUCGUCAACGGGGGGCACAAGCCAGAGGACCGUUCAGGCACAGCUCCACCACAGCAGGAGAACCAGCCCCAGCCAGACGGCCAACCUCCCAAUCCCUCACCUACGUGGGCCACCGAGAACCAGGCCGACUCCAACGAGAACAUGUCGCCUUCCUCAAAGUCUCCAAACGAUGAGGCAGCACCCACAGCCAACAAAGGUGUGAACGGCUCUGGAAGUGGCAAGUACUGCCGCCUCUGUGACAUCCAGUUCAACAACCUUUCAAACUUUAUUACCCAUAAGAAGUUUUACUGUUCAUCACAUGCUGCAGAGCAUGUAAAAUAAGUUGAGAAGAUUAAGACACGUUCUUCUUCUCCUACCCAAACCCACCCCCCCGUUCCCCAACUUUUCCCCCUUUUUUCUCCUUUGUUUUGGUACACUGUUGUGUCUGGAAUAGUGCAUCACGCAGUGCUAAAUGCUGCUUGUGGACAAUCAAGAGAAGCUUCUUCUUUCAUCGUUUUAAGACUUAAAAAUGCAAAACCAUUGGUUAAAAAAGAAAAAGAAAAAUGAAUCAAGAAUAAUAUUGGUGCCACUUUCACAUUAAUUUAUUUUACAAUCAGUAUUAAUAGGGGUAGUGAUCUUAAUUUAAAUUCAAAAUGAAAUUUAUAUCAGAGUUGUUUGUAAUGUUAUUGUAUAGUCAUUCUUGUGUAGCACACAUAUUGUUUACACUGUAAUGUAGGCUCAAUGAAACAAUAGACAAUACAAAAAUGAGAUGCAUUUUAGACACAAAAAUAGCUACUGAGGCACUUGUGUAUUCUUAUUUGCUGUACCAGUUUCUGUAUAUGCCCAAAAUGUCACAUGCAGAUUGCUACUAAUGACUUGUUUGCCUUAAAAAAAAUCUCCAUUUGGGGGUGAUAACCAGGCACAACCCUGCAUCUCACAUUUUGGCAUAUACACAUGGCUUUGCAUACAUAUGUGGCUGUUUGUCCCUGUCUCUUUUCUUCAACUCAGAUGUGGAUGUUUUCAUGAGGAUGGCAGCAUUCUUGUAUAGUACUCGUAUUUCUGUUUGAUGAUACACUUUGGUCUCCCUUUUUGAAAUUUGCUCUCAAUGCAAUACUUUGUAAAUUAGGGAACAUUACUGAAAGCAGUAUUAUGAAAUGGGGACUGUGCAUAUAAUUAUUUGUAACCCCAUAGGGAAAAAAAGAAGUUGUACAAGAAUUACGUUUAUUGCUGAUGAACAAAAUGGGUGGGAGGUCAGUGGGGAUACUGAUGUAAAAUGAUCAUUCCAAUGUCCUGAUUAUGGGAGAAAAUGUUUCUUAAAACGUUGUUGCUAUGCAUGUAUAUGGAUGGAAUUAAAUUCCAGAUCUGUUGGAAAUUUUUAUUUUGAUGUGGUGUCAUAAUUAAAAACUUAAAUCCUCAG